CUCAUGUGAAACAUGUACAAAGUACAGAGAGUUAAAUCACCCCGGUUCUAAAUUAUUUACUUUGUGUUUCGUUUUAUAGAGUAAAACAGGUUAAACUGUCAUUUAUUUAUUGGAGUAUAAACCGACCUGAAGAGGAACAGGAGCAGAUCUGAGAGAGAGAGAGCUGGACCCUCCCUGCUGCUGCUGUUUAACGUGUCGCAUUCUACCGUAAUUCAAUUAUAAUUCUAUCAUAAUUCUAUUAUACUUUUAUACUUUUUUUUAUAUAUAAUUAUACUUUUAGCUGCAGAGUUUUUAUUCGGUUCUUGUUGAAUGAAAUGUGAGAGAUUUAUGGAUGUUGGAUGGAAGGAGGCUGCAGCUUUCAGAGGAGAAUAAAAAGUGAGGGUGAAGACAGACCCCCCUCUCCAUCACCCAGUGGUGUAUCCAUGAAGAGUGAGGGGUCAAUGCUCCAACCUCUCACCUUUAAAGCUGGAGCAGCAUCACAGAGAAGUGAGGGUGAAGACAGACCCCCCUCUCCAUCACCCAGUGGUGUAUCCAUGAAGAGUGAGGGGUCAAUGCUCCAACCUCUCACCUUUAAAGCUGGAGCAGCAUCACAGAGAAGUGAGGGUGAAGACAGACCCCCCUCUCCAUCACCCAGUGGUGUAUCCAUGAAGAGUGAGGGGUCAAUGCUCCAACCUCUCACCUUUAAAGCUGGAGCAGCAUCACAGAGAAGUGAGGGUGAAGACAGACCCCCCUCUCCAUCACCCAGUGGUGUAUCCAUGAAGAGUGAGGGGUCAAUGCUCCAACCUCUCACCUUUAAAGCUGGAGCAGCAUCACAGAGAAGUGAAAAUGAAGAAAUAUCAACUUCUCCAGCUCCCAGUGGUGUAUCCAUGAAGAUUGACCAGUCAUUAGACCCCCCUCUCAACUUUAAAGCUGGAACAAGACCUCAGAGAAGUGAAGGUGAAGAUAGACCCCCCUCUCCAGCAGCCACUGAUGUAUCUAAAAGUGUCCAGUCACCUCCUCAAUUUAAAGAUGGAAAAACAUCUCAGAGAAGUGGAAGUGAGAAAAGAUUAAUCUCUCUUGCACCCAGUCAGCGGUCAGUGCAACAGCGAAUCAGUUCUAAAUCUGGAAGAACAUCUCAGAGCGUGGACCAAAAAUCUGAUAAAAAGCUACAGAAGAAGAUCAAGGAUUUUCUCUUCAACAUCUUUAAUGAGGUGGAGACGAUGAUCAUCGGGUUUGUAAAGCACGAUCUGGAAAUGUUUAAAAAAUUUCUGAGAAAAGAAAACACAAACUAUUACGGGACAAAGACGAAGGAGGAGGUGUUUAAUCUGAGAGACGACGUUCUUAAUAUGACGCUGUUUUAUCUGAAGAAGAUGAAACAUGAGGAUGUCGCUUCUGCUCUUCAGAAUGAACUGACUGCAUUUUACCAGCGUAAACUGAAACUAAGACUGAGAAAGAAGUAUCAGCACGUGUGGGAAGGAAUUUCUAAAAAAGGAGAGUCCAACAUUUUAAAUCAGAUCUACACGGAUCUCUACAUCACUGAAAGUGGAGGAAAGAUCAACCAAGAGGGCGAGCUGAGACAAAUCCAAAAGCAGAAAACCAGAGUAACAAAGGAAGCGACUCAAAUGCAGCAGGAGCAACAAAUUGAAUGUCAGAACAUGUUUGAACCACUGCCUGGACAAGACAAGGACAUCAGAAUGGUGAUGACACAGGGCGUGGCCGGCAUUGGAAAAUCCAUUUGUGUGCAGAAGUUUGUUCUUGACUGGGCUACAGAUAAAAAAUAUCAGGACAUCAGUUUCAUUUUUCCUCUGCCUUUCAGAGAACUAAACUUGAAGAAAGAAAACCACCGCAGCCUGAUGGACCUCAUCUCUGAGUUUUUCCCUGAAACUAAAGGACUGAGGUUCACAGACAGGUAUAAAGUCAUGUUCGUCCUUGAUGGACUUGAUGAAUGUCGACUCCCUUUGGCAUUUCAGGAAAAUGAGACAUGGAGGGAUGCAUCGAUGCCAGCCACACUGGACGUUAUACUAACCAGCCUCAUCAAAGGAGACCUGCUUCCCUCAGCUCUGAUCUGGAUAACCACUCGACCUGCUGCAGCUGCUAGGAUCCCUGCUGACUGUGUGGACCGAGUGGCGGAGGUCCGGGGCUUCAAUGAUGAACAGAAGGAGGAGUACUUCAGAAAAAGAAUCAGUGAUGAGAGCCUCGCCAACAAAAUUAUCAAACAUGUUAAAGCAUCUCGGAGUCUCUUCCUCAUGUGUCACAUUCCUGUCUUCUGCUGGAUUUCAGCCACAGUUUUUGAGAAGAUUUUGGAGGAAACAGAGAAUGAAGAGACACCAAAGACGCUGACUGAGAUGUACACCUGCUUUCUGAUCUUCCAGACCAUCCAGGGGAACCUGAAAUAUACAGGAAAAAACUCCUUGGAUGUUCCAUGGGAUAAAGAGGCCAUACUGUCACUGGGAAAACUGGCAUUUUAUAAUCUGGAAAAAAACAACCUGAUUUUUUAUGCAGCAGAUCUAGAAGAGUGUGGAAUUGAUGUCAGUAAAAUCUCUGCAUACUCUGGCCUGUGCACUCAGGAAACAAGCAGGUUUGCUGGCACAGUUUUUAGCUUUGUGCAUCUGAGCAUUCAGGAGUUUAUCGCCUCUUUAUAUGCAUACAUGCGUCUCAUAAAUGAAACUGUGAAUGUUUUCAACCAAGAGUUGAAGUCAGCAGAGAACCCUGAGGAGAAAACUAUAGAACUGCUCAGGAUUGCAGUAGACAAAGCUUUGGAAAGCAACAAUGGACACCUUGAUCUUUUUCUUCGGUUCCUUCUGGGUCUCACAGUUGACUAUAAUCAGAAACUCAUCCGAGGUCUGUUGAAGUCCAGUGGAAGAAGCUCUGACUGCCAGAAAUCCAGUGAAAGAAGCUCCGACUGCCAGAAAGAAAUUGCUAAGUACAUCAAGAAGAAGUUUGAUGAAAACCCAUCUCCAGAGGGCUCCAUCAACCUGUUCUACUGUCUGAAUGAGUUAAACGAUGAUACUUUAGUAAAAGAGAUCCAAGACCGCUUAAGCUCAGGUCGUUUGUCUGCAACUGAACUCUCACCUGCACAGUGGUCUGCUCUGGUCUUUGUGUUGCUGACAUCAGAGGAAGAGCUGGGUGAUUUUGACCUACAGAAGUUCAUAAGAUCAGAUGAAUGCUUUAUGAGGCUGCUGCAAGUCGUCAAGGAAUCAAAAAGAGCUCUACUCAGUAGCUGUAACCUGACAGACAGAAGCUGCUCAGCUUUACUCACGAUUCUUAAAUCUGAAUCCAACCUGACCGAGGUGGAUCUGAGCAACAACGACCUGCAGGAUUCAGGAGUAGAGCUGAUAUCUGCUGGACUGAAGAAUCAGAACUGUAAACUGGAGAUACUGAGAUUAUCAGAUUGUGGUGUAAGAGAGGAAGGUUAUGCUGCUCUGGCUGAAGCUCUGAGAUCAAACCCAUCAUCAGAGCUGAUGGAGCUGGAUCUCAGAGGGAACCAUCCUGGAGAUUCAGGAGUAAAACUGCUCUAUGAGUUACUAGAAGAUUCGGACUGUAAACUGAAGACACUGAGGUUGUUGAGACCUGAUGCAGAAGCUGGUUUUGAAUAUCUGAGGAACAUUGUGAAUAUAAACCCAUUACUGCAGAGAGAGCUGGAUCUGAGAGAGAAAAUACAUGGAGAUCCAGGAGUGAAGAAGAUCUCAGAUCUACUGAAGGAUCCACACUGCAGAACAACUAAACUCGUAUUAUCAGAUUGUGGUGUAAGAGAGGAAGGUUAUGCUGCUCUGGCUGAAGCUCUGAAAUCAAACUCAUCAUCAGAGCUGAUGGAGCUGGAUCUCAGAGGGAACGAUCCUGGAGAUUCAGGAGUAAAACCACUUUAUGAGUUACUAGAUCAUCCAGAAUCUAAACUGAAGACAUUAAGGUUGUUGGGAGCUGCUGCAGAAGAAGCUUUCACUGAUCUGAGGAAGGUUGUGAGUAUAAACCUGUUAGUAGAGAGAAAGCUGGAUUUGAGUCAGAAGAUAGAUGGAGAUUCAGGAGUGAAGAAGCUCUCAGAGCUACUAAAGGAUCCACACUGCAGACCCACCACACUCAGCUUGAGGAACUGCAGCAUUACAGAUAAAAGUUGUACUGAUCUGAAAUCAGCUCUUGAUGUAAAUCCAUCACACCUGAAAGAUCUGGAUCUGAGUAACAAUCAACUAGGAGAUUCAGGAGUGAUUCAGAUCUCUCAUCUACUGAAGAAUCCACAGUUCAAACUCCACAAACUCACAUUAUCAGAUUGUGGUGUAAGAGAGGAAGGUUAUGCUGCUCUGGCUGAAGCUCUGAGAUCAAACCCAUCAUCAGAGCUGAUGGAGCUGGAUCUCAGAGGGAACGAUCCUGGAGAUUCAGGAGUAAAACCGCUUGAUGAUCUAGUACAGAAUAAAAAAUCUAAACUGAACAAACUGAAGUUGUUGGGUGCUGCUGCAGAAGAAGCUUUCAAUGAUCUGAAGAAGGUUGUGAGUAUAAACCUGUUAGUAGAGAGGAAGUUUGAUCUAAGUCAGAAGCUAAAUGAAGAUUCAGGAGUGAAGAAGCUCUCAGAGCUACUGAAGGAUCCACACUGCAGACCCACCACACUCAGACUCAGUCAGUGUAAUCUGACAGAUGAAGGAUGUUCAGCUCUGUUCCAAGUUCUAUCAUCAGAUUCCUCCACUGUGAGAGAACUCGACCUGAGUAACAAUCAGAUUCAGGAUUCAAAAAUCAAAAUGAUUUCUGAUCUACUCAACAAUCCGAACUGUAAACUACACACUGUGGGACUCAGUCAGUGUAAUCUGACAGAUGAAGGAUGUUCAGCUCUGUUCCAAGUUCUAUCAUCAGAUUCCUCCACUGUGAGAGAACUCGACCUGAGUAACAAUCAGAUUCAGGAUUCAGGAGUCAGACUCAUUUCUGAUCUACUUAAGAAUCCAAACUGUAAACUACACACUGUGGGAUUAUCAGAUUGUGGUGUAAGAGAGGAAGGUUAUGCUGCUCUGGCUGAAGCUCUGAGAUCAAACCCAUCAUCAGAACUGAUGGAGCUGGAUCUCAGAGGGAAUGAUCCUGGAGAUUCAGGAGUAAUGAAGCUCUAUUAUUUAAUACAGGAUCCAAACUGUAAACUGAAGAAAAUGAGGUUGGUAAAAACUGAUGAUGCUGAGAAAGCGUUAAAGUCUCUGAGUGAUAAACUUCAUGUGAACCCGUUGCUGCAGAGUGAGCUGGAUCUGAGUCACAAAAUAAAAGGAGAUUCUGGAAUGAUGUUGUUUUCUGCUCUACUGAAAGAUCCACACUUCAGACCAAAGAAACUCACGUUGUGUGGGUGCAGCUUAACAGAGAACGACUGCACUACACUGGUUUCAGCUCUCAGUAUAAACCCAUCACACCUGACUGAUCUGGAUCUGAGUCAAAAUCCAAUAAAAGACUCAGGAGUGAAGAAGCUCGUUCCUCUACUGCAGAAUCAUAAAUACAAACUGGAACGACUCAAACUGAGUGAUUGUGAGAUCUUAGAUGAAGGUUAUGUUGCUCUGGCUGGAGCUCUGAUGUCAAACCCACAUCUGACACAUCUGGAUCUCAGUGGAAAUAAUCCAGGAACAGAAGGAAUGAAGAUGUUUGAUGAUUUAUUGAAUAAACCAAACUCUAAACUGGAUGUGAGAUUUCUGAGCCCUGAGAUGGAUGAAGCUUGUGAUUAUCUAAAAGAAAUGGGUAUAAAAAUGUUAAAACUGAGUGAGGUGGAUCUGAGUGGAAGAAAUAUUGGAGAUUCAGGAGUUAAACAUCUAUCGACUGUACUGAAGGAUCCACACUGCACGAUUACAAAACUCACAUUAUCAGAUUGUGGUGUAGGAGAUGAAGGUUUUGCUGCUCUGGCUGAAGCUCUGAAAUCAAACCGUUCAUACAUGAAGGUGCUGGAUCUCAGAGGGAACCAUCCUGGAGAAUCAGGAGUGCAGAAGAUCUUUAGUGUAUGUGAUGGUGGAUUGUAUAAACUUCUAACACUACGGUCUGGAAACUGGAGUGAAAUUAAACUGAGGCUGUUAACAAGUCCUGAUGCAGAGGAAGCCUACACCACUCUCAAUCAGCUUCUAGGUAAAAAUAUCUUACUGCAGAAGAAACUCGAUCUGAGCUCCAAAACACUGAAAGAGAUCAAAGUGAAUCAUCUAUCAGCUCUGCUGGAGGAUCCACACUGUACAAUCCAAAACCUUACGUUGUGUGGGUGCAGCUUAACAGAGAACGACUGCACUACUCUGGUUUCAGCUCUCAGUGGAAACCCAUCACACCUGACUGAUCUGGAUCUGAGUAAAAAUCCAAUAAAAAACUCAGGAGUGAAGAAGCUCGUUCCUCUACUGCAGAAUCAUCAAUACAACCUGAAACGACUCAAACUGAGAGAUUGUAAGAUCUCAGAUGAAGGUUAUGUUGCUCUGGCUGAAGCUCUGAAAUCAAACACCUCAUCACCUCUAACUGAUCUGGAUCUCAGUGGAAAUAAUCCAGGAACAAAAGGAAUGAAGAUGUUUAAUGAUUUAUUAAAUAAAGCAAACUCUAAACUGAGAGUCAGAUUUCUGAGCCCUGAGAUGGAUGAAGCUUGUGAUUAUCUGAAUAAAAUGGAUAUAAAGAUGUUAGACCUGAGUGAGGUGGAUCUGAGUGGAAGAAGAAAUAUUAAAGAUUCAGGAGUUAAACAUCUAUCGACUGUACUGAAGGAUCCACACUGCAUGAUUACAAAACUCACCUUGAGGAACUGCAGCAUUACAGAUAAAAGUUGUACUGAUCUGAAAUCAGCUCUUGAUGUAAAUCCAUCACACCUGAAAGAUCUGGAUCUGAGUAACAAUCAACUAGGAGAUUCAGGAGUGAUUCAGAUCUCUCAUCUACUGAAGAAUCCACAGUUCAAACUCCACAAACUCACAUUAUCAGAUUGUGGUGUAAGAGAGAAAGGUUAUGCUGCUCUGGCUGAAGCUCUGAGAUCAAACCCAUCAUCAGAGCUGAUGGAGCUGGAUCUCAGAGAGAAUGAUCAUGGAGAUUCAGGAGUAAAACCGCUUUAUGAUCUAGUACAGGAUCCAAACUGUAAACUGAAGACACUGAGGUUCUUAAAGUCUCAUAGAGCAGAAGAAGCCUACACGUCUCUUUGUUCCACUCUGGGUCAGAACCUCUUAAUACUGACCCAGUUGAAGCUGAAGAGGAACCCAGGGGGGGUAUCAGGAGAUUCCAGAGUGAAGCUUCUCUCAGCGUUUCUGCAGGACUCUCACUGCAAACUGCAGAAACUCCAGAUUAAUGACGAUGAUCUAACCAUGGAGAGCUGUUCAGCUUUAUGUGAAGUUCUGAGAUCAGGAUCCUCCAGUCUGAGAGAGCUGGACCUGAGCAACAACAACCUACAGAACUCUGGAGUACAGAAGCUCUGUGAAGGACUGAAGAAGAAAGAGUGUAAACUGGAGGUUCUGAGAUUAUCAGAUUGUGGUGUAGGAGAUGAAGGUUUUGCUGCUCUGGCUGAAGCUCUGAAAUUAAACCGUUCACACAUGAAGGAGCUGGAUCUCAGAGGGAACCAUCCUGGAGAAUCAGGAGUGCAGCAGAUCUGCGACGUAUGUGAUGGUGGAUUGUUUAAACGUCUAACAGGACAGUCUGGAAACAGGAAUAAAAUUAAACUGAGUUAUGAUAAAUCAGGAGGAUCUUAACAAUCUGGACAAAACCAAAAAAAGCCUGAUGAUCAGCAGACUCCUGAACCCGGCAGCUCCUCUUCAUCACAAACACAAGCAAAGAAUAAAAAAAAAGUAAAAACACAGAUGAGGAUGAAGGUUCCUCACACACUUCAGACAGUAAAUACGAGGAAUAUUUUUAGGUGUAACCCACACGGUGUAAUCAGUAAUUCAGGAAUGGUGGAGACCCCCAGGACAGCAGUGGGACAGUAACUCAAACACAUCGACUCCAUUCAGCUGUCGUACCACCAUUAAUCCACAGAGGCAAACAUACAAACCAAUUCCAACUAAUGUACAAUACACAGAAUGUUUUAUCUUAUCAGCUUUACUGAUGUUUAUAUAAAUAUAUACUAAUGUGAUAUUAAUAUCUGAUAGGACAGGAGAAAUGUAAGACUGGGAAGUUUGUGACCUGACCAGUGAUACUAUUAAAACUAAUUCUGAUCAUCUAAUAAGAAGGUCUAGCUGGAAUCUCAAAGCUUCAGUCAGCGUUAGGUUAUAGAAGAUGAUCCCUAAAGUCUGAUCAUUAUGUUGGGACACGAGGUGAAAUGUGUUUAAUAAAUAAUGUUACACAUAAAUCCACAUGUACAGAGUUUAAUCAUCAAACCAGCGGCUCAGUACUGAUCAUUAAAACGUGUUAAACAUGUACACAAUGUGUAACAUUCUCCACGUUUAUGUUUUUGGAAAAUAACAUGAGUAAGAAUAAAAACAAUUAAUGCAGAGUAAACAGGUAAACAGAAUAAACAGGUAAACAGAGUAAACAGGUAAACAGAGUAAACAGGUAAACGUCUUUUAAUAGUGUCUGAAUACUGGUUUACCUGUGGGAGCUUUUUUAUUUCUUUAUUUUAUAUUUAUUUCUGACUUUUUCCUCAGUUACUGAUAUUAAUGAGCUCUGUAACGUGUGAAGCUAAAAUUCCACCACUGUGAUGUAAAAGAUUUAAUGUAAACAAUGUAUAUACAGUCUUACAGAGAUCAUGAGUGUUAAAUAACUUUAUUUCUGAUAUAAAUCAGGUGAAGUCCAAUAAAAUGUGGUCUUGUAUUUAAAUGUUCU